AUGAGCUCUUUCGUACGGCUUGCUAUCGUCCUGCUGGCGGCAACCGCCAGGGCGUCUCCAAUCGCUGUCCGCUCUGGACUCGAGAAGCGCUGGGGCACCUGUUGGGGCUAUAACCCUGGAGGCUGCCCUUUCAGCGAUGUCGGCACCCACGGCGCCGUUGCUACGGAAAUCGGGACUUGUUCAGCCAUCGGCGUGGAAAUCAUGAGCCAGGGAGGCAAUGCCGCAGAUGCUAUCAUUUCGUCUGCCCUCUGUGUCGGUGUCACCGCUGGCUACCACUCGGGUAUCGGAGGAGGGGGCUUCAUGGUCAUCCGCUACAACAACGACGACGGCACCCAUGCCUACGAGCAGAUCGACUUCCGCGAGACUAUGCCGGCGGCUGGUAAUGAGACUAUGUAUAGCCAGUACGGUGUCAAUCAGACGAAGUCCACCAUCGGUGGCCUUGCCGUCGGCGUUCCAGGCGAGGUUCGCGCUUGGAAGCUCCUCCACGAUCGCCAUGGAUCUCUCCCUUGGGAAAAGCUCUUCGAGCCGGCAAUCAAUGUGGCUCGGAACGGCUUCCCUGUCAACUACGACAUGGCUCAGAACCUGGCUGAGAGCAGCUGGAUGCUCCAGGACGAGCACUGGUCCAAGGUCUAUGCGCCUCACGGUACCCUUCUCAAGGAAGGCGACACAGUCUACUCUCACUCGAUCGCCAACACUCUUGAGCGCAUUGCUCGUGAGGGCCCAGAGGUCUUCUACCAGAACUCCGACAUCGCUGAUAACAUCAUCAAGGCCAUACAGUCUACCGGCGGGAUUAUGACUCACGACGACCUGGCGGGUUACGCCCCUAUUCUCCGUGAGACCGCCUCCAUUUCUUAUCGCGGGAAAAGGAUCUUCUCGACCACAGCUCCCAGCUCUGGUGCCAUCGUCCUGUCGACUCUCAAGAUCUUUGAGGGCCUGGAGGAGCCCGCUGCCAAGACUGUCGAGUCUACUUAUCUCACUACCCACUUCCUCGUUGAGGCCAACAAGUUCGGAUACGGCCAACGCGCCACCCUCGGAGACCCGGCUUUCACGUCCAAUGUGUCCACCCUCGAGGCCUCGUAUCUCACCGACGAAGUGGCUGCCGCCGCUCGUGCUUUGAUUCCUCGAAACACCACGUACCCGGGCACAUACUACAACCCUGCCAACUAUGCCCCUGCUUCAAGGGAAGGUGGAACCAGUCACUUGGCCGCCGUCGAUGGCAGUGGGAUGGCGAUCAGCCUGACCACUACCGUCAACCUCCUUUGGGGCUCGCGAGUCAUGACUGCUGACGGAAUCAUCCUCAACAAUGAAAUGGACGAUUUCAGCUCCCCCGGUUCCGUGAACGCCUUUGGCUUCGCUGCCAAUCCCAUCAACUUCAUCCAGCCUGGUAAACGGCCCCAAUCGAGCAUCGCUUCCAGCCUGGUCGAAGACGAGAGCGGCCAGGUCAUCAUGGCGACAGGAUCCGCAGGCGGCUCGCGGAUUAUUACGGCCACCCUGCAGGAGUUGUACAACUACCUCGACCUUGGGCUGAACGCAACUGAGUGCACUGGCCACCCGCGUUGGCAUGACCAGCUCUCUGGAAUCACCUACUUUGACGCACCCGACCCGAACAACCCGAUUCCUCUCGUUGGAUAUGACAAUGGCACCGUCGACUACUUCCGCAGACUCGGUUACAAUGUGUCGUACCAGGACCCCCGUUCGACCUCGACAUCGCAUGCAAUUGCUCGACUACCAAGCGGAGAGUGGCUCGCUGCCAGUGACCCUCGCAAGCCUGCUGGACGCGGCCAAGCAUUCUAG